GACCACUGUGAGGGGAACAGAAGUACCCGAAGGAAGACGGGGGCACCAAAAAUUGACACGGGGCGGAAAAAAUUUGGCCGACCCUUAUCCGUUCAAAAAUACGAGGAAAACGGACUGUAAGGACAGUUUAGGUUGAAAUCCUGUGACGAGAACUACGUCGCGCGAGCUUGAACAUUAGCUCGCGCAGUAAGCGGAAAUCGGAGUUUGUUUAACGGAUCGAGAGCGAUGGAGAGGCCUGCGAGAGUGUUUUUCCACGGGAUGAGGAAAAACGACCUGCUAACCUGAAAUCGGAAACCGCCUUUGUGCACAUCUACGCUUUCGGCGCCCUUUUCGCAUAAGUUAUUUUCACGCUUUACUCUCCUAGAGGACUUUCUUCGUUCACGAGCAGGUGUGACUGCAUAGCCUUUGAAUGCUCUCUGUUGUGGUGUAAAAGGAGGGAUGUGAUUGAAAAAGUGAUUCCGGCUCUUCCCCUUCACAGUCUUCUCGGAGAACCAUCAACACCUUUACAAGCUGUUAAGUCACUGCUUUUUAAAGAUUUGGACUGGCCACGACCGGACAGGAGGAAGACAACGACCGACAGGACGACACAGUCAGGAGCAAGAAAGUGGUCAUACUACUGUGCUGUGUUUCUUGUCUUCCAGCUAAGAAGAUAAAGAGGUUGGAUAUGCCCUGUGGACAAUCUGGCCUUUCCGCUGUUUCACUCUGAUUCAAAUGAUUGAAAAGAAGUUGGUUGCUCAUCAAAAAAAGUUGGUUCGAUUUAAAUGGACAGUUUUGAGAAAAACGCAAAUUGGGACCAUUUCUAACGGAACUUGUCAAAGAAAUACACGAAUAUCAAAAAACAAAGACAUUCCCUCAUCACUUCUUCAAUUUUAAGUGGCUUUCAACACUAAAUGAAUUGCUUUUUAGUGAUAGACACAUUUUGCAAAGCAAGUUUGAAAUAGUAUUAGUUGACACAUUUUUCUUUUAACUAGAUUUACUAACACAGACCUAUGUUUAUUACAUGACAUUGUGAACCACGUUUUGUUUUGUUUUUUAAUGUCACUUAUUUAUAGAUUAUUAUUUAAUCCAAGACUUCCAGAGAUUUAACACACAUAAGUGGCCUACUACUAUAUCCAGAACACUGUUUAUCUGGGAUGGACAGUCACAACAUCAGACAAAUUACUCUCACACAGCGUUUCUUUUAAAAACUGUUAGUGGCCGUAGCACCACGUUUCUCUGCACAUAUAUCACAUUAAGUAGCAUUGUCCACUUUGCUGCAGUAACAAGGGAGCAGGGAAGAAAUAUAAUCCCUCAACAGUGAGAGGGAGAUGUUCCAGUUUGGAAAGUACCCUAUGGACAUUUUAGAAAUGCUCAGUGGACACCAGGCUCACCAGUUCAAAGGACUGGGGCUGGAAAGACAACUGCAGCACCAACAACAAGUCCAGCUUCAGCACCACCAGCAGCAGCUUCAACAGCAGCAGCAACAACAGAGCGAGGCCUCAGGUGGACUCCUGUCUGGGCUUGGACUUGGCUCACUUCAAGGAUCUAGAAGUAAUGCAUUUGCUGAUUCAUCAUCCAUAUUUGCCAAAAUGAGUGCACCCCCUCCACCUCUUCCACAACAAACUCAGUCCUCAUCCUCACAAAGCACACGUAAAUCCAGCAAGAUGAGCAGCAGCAGCAGUGGGAGUGGCAGUUCUGCCUCUGGCUAUCCACAGUUCUUACGCACAUUUCACCCAGCUGAGGCAGCUCUAGCCCAGGAGCAGCUUCACUCAGGAAUGGGGCGUUUUGAUUUUGCAGGGGGCAGUACUGGAGUUGUAACAUCUGCUCCACCUCCACCACCCUUGCACCCUGUCCUCUCUGUUCCUCAGCCAUCUCCUGGACCAUCGUCCUCCUCACCCUCUCCUUCGAGUUCAACCACCACUUCUAAUAAUCCCUCCAGCAGUAGCAGCUCAGUGGCUGGAUUAGUUGGAGCUCAGUCAGAUGCAAGGAGUUUACACCAGCAGUUCAGUUGCAUGCUUGCUGCAAACCAAUACCUUUUUUCUGGAGUGCCCACAAAUGCCAGUUUGGAACAGUUUCUAGUCCAGCAGGGUCCCCAUAAUCAUCUUGGUCUUGCAGAUUCAAAUACAGGUCUUGCUCCACCUCCUGCCCUUCAUCCUUCUCACACCCAUGGCCAUCCAGCCCCCCAGCCCCAGCAACAGCAGCAGCAGCAGCUGCCACCUCAUGCAUUAUCUCACCCACACAGCCAUGCCCAUCCACACCACUCUCUUCACCCUGCCCCCCAACCAUCUCCUCUUGGUGGUUUUGAUUUUCAAGGCAUCCCUGUGCUUUCCUCUAAUCAGCUGGCUUCCCUAAUGCAUCAAGAAGCAGGCCUUCCUUUGCCACUCCCACUCCAUCUCUCUGUACCAAAGGAUGAGGGGAAAGGAGAUAGUGGCUCUGGGGCUGGAGGAAGUGGAGGUAGUGGCAGCAGGAGAAAGAAAGCCAUGGCUGGCUACCUGCCCCAGAGAAAGACAGAUGGUAGCAGUAACAGCAGUACUAGUGGUGCUAACUGCCAUGGCAGCUCUGGGGCACAUGGUCAUGAUGGGUCCUCUGGUCUUGUGGGAGGAGGUGGAGGGGUUGGUAUGAGGGGUCUUGGUGGUGACCCCUCCUCCAUCCUCUCAUCACCAACACCAUCCUCCUCUUCUUCAACUGUCUCCUCCUCUUCUUCCUCUGCCCCAUCCUCAAACUCUGCCUCUGUGCUGGUAUCAAAUAUUUCUCAGAACCCUAAACCUGAAAGCCAGCAAUCAAUGACUCCUAAUAUCACACAGCCUGAGCAAGAAGCUCUCUUUCAUUGUGGAGAGUGUGGCAAGUCUUUUUCCUAUCUUCCAAGCCUUCGGCGACACAUACGCUGCCAUGAAGAUGGUAAUGGUAGAAGCAGCACAAACACAAAUCCUAGUCAUCAGCAUUCGUCAGAGCUUCCCCACUCAACACAGGAUGGAAUUUCUCAAAAUGCUCACCACCAGCAUGAGCAGAAUCCAGACCCAAUGUCUUCUGCUUGUUCAAGUCCAGAUAAGUCUUACUGUUGUAAUGAAUGUGGAAAAGGUUUCAAGAAGAGAGGACACCUACUUCAGCACGGUAUCAUCCACUCUGGAGCUCGCCCAUAUGCCUGCUCUGUCUGUGAGCGUUCAUUCAACCGUAGAGAGUCUCUAACACGACAUGAAAAAAUUCAUGAAGAAAAGCCCUACCGCUGCCCAGCAUGUGGCCGUUGUUUUAUAGAGAGCACUUCUUUGCUUAACCAUGCUGCCUCUGGUAGCUGUGGCAAGCCAGGGAGGAGAUCAAGAAGCAGUGAUGGUAGUUCAUUAAGUUCAGUAGAGGGCAAGGUUGAAAGUGAUUUCCCAAGUGGACAAAUGAGUGAUGGCAAAGAACUGGUAUUUUGCAAAAAUGAGGAUGGCAGAGCAGGUAUGACCUGUGAGAGUCUGUAUUCACAAGGAAGAAGCGGUACUCAAAAUCCUGUGUGCAAAACUGAAGAGAAAUAUAAUCCUGAGAAGUAUAAUCCUGAGUAUUCAAGAGAUCCUUACCAAACAUCAUACAGGGUCGAUGACUACCGUCGCCAACAGGGUAACCCUUCAUCCUACUCUGGAGACCCCUGUAACAACAGCUUGUCAAGUCCAGCCCUCAGAAAAGCCCCUUUAGCCCCAACACUUCAUCCACACCCUCAAAAUCAGCAGCACCAUCACCAACAACAAGCUCAUCUUCCUCUCUCCUCUCUUUUGGAUGACUCUGAAGAUGAAGUCACCAGUAGUGCCAUGUCUGCCAUUGCUGCUGCUGCUGCUGCCUCUGUCUUGCCUGCUGAGAUGAACAAUAACGGGGGACGAGAGGAAAGAAGGGAUAUAAUUGGGGGUCUGUUAGGAGGGCUUGGCUUUGGAUCCAUGGGUGCCUCUUCCUCUACAUCUGCAGGAAAUGUUGGGAAUGAAGAAUGUCUAAGUGGAUCAAUGAUACCUUUAUCUCACCCAACCCAACAGCAGCCUAAUUCACAAAAUGCCAAUCCUAAUGCCAAACCCAAGCGGCCACGGAAGCCCAGACAAAAAAGAGAGCCCAGACCUGGUGGGGCUCCAGGAGAAGGAGUGAAACGUCGGAGAAACAAUCAGAGUGGUGCUGGUGGAGAUGGCUCAGAAAGGCCUUAUUUAUGCACUGUUUGUGGAAGGGGAUUUAGCAGGCGCGAGACCCUUCGUCGACAUGAACGUGUGCAUACAGGGGAAAAGCCAUUUCAUUGUGACAUCUGUGGAAAAGACUUUCGAGAACCUUUUCACCUAACUAAACAUCAGACUGUUCACUCGGGGGAGAAGAACUACAAAUGCACCCUCUGUGGAAAAGAUUUUGGAUAUGCACAGAGUCUGAAAAGGCAUGAAAAGCUGCAUCUAAGAGGAGAUUUUAAGCCGAGGCGAAGUAAAAGCAAACCUUCUGCAAAUCAAGGGGCACCCGGUAAUCAAGAUGGCAAUCAAACCAACUCUGGCGCUUAUUACUCAUAUCCUCAGGAUAAAGUUGAAGAGUCUAAUGCUAGCACAAGCAACCAACCCCCACCUAAGCUAUACACAUGUGAGAUUUGUUGGAAAUCAUUCCGCCAUCAUUUUCACCUGACUGCCCAUCACCAAGCCAUUCAUGAACAUGGUGGGGAGAAACUUUUCUCAUGUGAAGUGUGCGGUAAGGCUUUUUCUUACUCCAAUAGCCUGACCAGACAUAGAUUAUCUCAACAUGGUUUGGCCCGUACUGGACCAACAACACAGCCAACAGGAAGUGAGUCUAUUGGAACUGCCUCAUCUGUCUCAGAGAGUGAGGCUGCAGCCAAUGCUCUCCUUCAUAUAACGCCUGAAAGUGGAAGUCAUGUAGUACAACAGCCCCACUCAACCAUUGCUCACACACAGCAUCCUCAGCCUGCUGGUUAUUCCCCACUCUUCUACACUCCUGAGUCAGGACAUCACAGUUCAAAUCUCUCUUCACACCCCCAACCUCUGCACUACUCAAACCCCUCUAUGGGUCCCCUCCAGCUUCAACAGCCAACAAGCGGAAAGGGGCAGUUAAUUUAUUCAGGGGGUAUAAGUAACACCCUUCAUUCCACUCCACCUCAUAUCCACAUUUCACCACCCCAGCACUCUCAACACCAGCAGCAACCACACCCUUUCCCCAUGCAGUCCCAACUUCUACAACAAAGCCCUCAGGCCCCAGGAGAUGCCACCCAGCGGAAGAAGAAGAAAAAAAAGAAAAAAUAUAAAUUUGCCAGUGGUGCGCAGUUAAUCAGUGGAUUCAGUGCACAUGAAAUUGCCAGAAGGCACAUAUAUUUAAAAAGGAAGAAAUGCAGGCUUCAGCAGCAGCGAAAAAGGAAGAAGUGGCUAGCUCAGCUAAAGUGGGCCAAGUUUACUGGAGAAGGGCUUGGUAUAAAUUUAGGUGGAGGAAUGUGGCGUGUCGGGCACUUUAGGUUUAGAGGCCUGAGGUCUCUCAUAGUCCCCUUAAAGUCAUACUCUUGUCCCGUCUGUCCAUUCACCUCGUUUACAAGCCGUGUAACUCUUUCAGUUCACCGCGUAACCAGGCAUCCACCAAGAAAACAUGGCCGUCAGGCUCGCCUAUGCUGCAUAGUUUGUGGAAAGCGUUGUAGAAGGCUAGUGUCAGCUCUUCGUCAUCGGGCCUACCACCUCUCUCAAGGAGCUUUCUCUUGCUCUCGAUGUCCCUCACGCUUUUGGAAUGGCACCCUCCUGCAGCGCCACCGAUUUACUUGUCGGUGUGUUAGUAGAGGAAGCAACAUUUCAAUAAAGGGGACUAAUAUUCAGAGGGUAGAGGACCAGAUUGAAAGAUCAACAGUUGUGACAGGGUACAGGCACUAAAUAAAUGGACAUCUAAAAGAAUAAAAGUCCACGAAACAGAUGUUUUGGAAGAAAUGUUAACGUGAAAGUAGGCAUAGAGGACUGUUAUGAAAUUACCGCAUAUUCGACUCCUAAAAUGUGUGGUCUGAUUUUAACCAAGGGAGUGCCUCAGAGUAAAAGACUCGGUUAACAAAAACAAGCCUGUACCUAAAGAACCAUCCAUUAUAGGCAUGGAUCUCUAACACUGUUUCUCCAAAGGGGAAGAUUAUUCUAGAAUAUUAAACUGGUUUUUGGUAGCACCUUUGGUUGUAAUGGUAGCAUCUCUAUCCUCCUAUAAAUGCAUUCACUAUGUAUUUUCGUAACUUUAUUUGUGCUGCAAUGAUGGAUGCAUACCAGUGAAAGUGAACUAAUCUGAACAGUAACAAUCUAUUCUCUAAACUAGUUUCCCCCCAGUACUCAAGAGUUUAAUGGUAUAGCCUUUGUUUACUUUCAGUUUUACGUAGCUUUUUGUUCCAUGUGGUGUCAUGUUUUGUUUUCCCCCCUUUUGCCGUCUUUAAAUUAAAAUGCAAAUGUUUGACCUGAAACUGAACAUUACUGGUUGGGAUGCAGAAUAAAGUACAUAGUGUGUGUGUAUACCCUAAAAACAACUUUUAUCGAUAGACACAAUGUUCAUUUUAACUGUCUCAAAGAUUAUUCAUCAGGACUCGCUACAGUAAAACUGUCAAAACUUGCAAAAUAUUCUGCAGCGCUGAUGUGGACGGGACAGAAUGUUGAUAAUGCCAUGUUCCUGUUUUUAACGUCACAAUUAUUAUUAUUAUUAUUAUUAUAAUUUUUUUUAAUGACAUAUGUAAUGAACAUUUGCAGGUGUUUCUAUGGCAAGUGUUAAUGUCGUUGGUUGCGAGAUUGGCCAGAAGGAGAGAGGAACAGCCAGUCUGUACUGUACAAUGCGUAUUAUAUUUUAUUAUGUAACGGUUGUGUUCUUUCUUUUUUUAUUAUUCAAAGUAUAAGUUCUUUUUUAAUAUUUUUUUCUAUUUUAGGGGUGGGUGGGUAUGUGGCGUAGGGUCUGUCAUUGUAAGAUUUGGGGAAUAUAUGUAUCAGUGUGAUUUUUGUUCCCUGCCCUUUUGAUCGGUUUAACCCAAACCACAGUUUAGCCCAGCUUUCCCAACACUAUUGUAUUCAUUCUCAAUACAUUACUUAGCUCUACUGUCCCAAAGUUUUCUUCUCCAUAAACAAAUACAAAAUAUAAAUACUAAACAACUGUUUUCUUUUUCUGAGCCAACAGAAGUGUUGAGUACCUCAGAAAGCAAAUAAAAGAUAGACAAUGUUAUACAGUUUUUUGGAGUAUUUGUAAAGGUUGAAUGUUUUUUUUUUUUUUUUGUCCCCCUGAAUAUUUGAGAAGUGGAGCUCAACCUCUUGAUGAUAAGCAGAUUAGGUUCAUUGUUUUUUUAUGGCAUGUAGGUUAAAUGAUUUAUAAACUUAAAGUGAGAGGAUAUGGCCAGGUGUUACACACCUGGUGCCAUGGUGCAUUGUUCUGAGGGAUGGGGCUGUUUACAGCUCACGUGUUGGCACAUGCCCUCUACAGUGCCACACACUAUUAGAGGUGGAGGGAAGAAUGCCCUUAUUGGUGCAUUGGUUUGGUGUGUUAGAGGAACACAACCGUCUGUUCGCUUAGUUUCUCUGCAGUGUCUCCAAGCGAAAGUUUAAUGAGAUUAAUACAGAGCAUAAUCUCACAUGACUUUAAUUAAAAUGAACAUGAACCUGCAAACAAUGCCCUCUAGAUGGCAGUAGUGUCCUGUAGUUUGCGGUGGUGAGGAGAUUAAUCGACUUGCCUUGCAAGGCUUGCUGUGCUCAGUCUUAAAAGAUUAACCAUUCAGAUAAUUGUAGUGGUUCUGUCGUACGUUUUUUUAUUUUACUUAUUUAUUUUUAUCAGAGUUAUAUAUAUAUAUUGCUUAAAUUUGUCUCACUAAUUUUGUAUCCGUAUUAUAGAGGGGAUUUUUAGAUUUUAAGUAACUGUAGCCAACUGUUAACUCUCAGGUUUAGUGAUGGCAGUUUUUCCUCUCACAAUCAGAUUUAUACAAAAAAUGGCCAUAUACAUGGUCCCGCUUUCAUGGAAAACCUAAAAAUAUCAGGGAAUUAAAAAAAUUUGAAUGUUGUAUUAAAUGUGAGAUUUUCUAGACCUGAAAUGUAAUAGAAAUUAGUCAAAUCAUCACAUAAAUUUCUAUAUGGAAUGUAAAUUUUUUCUAGUUUUGCCCUGCUUCUAAAACUACAUAUUGCUCUUUGUGAGUGCUUGUGUAUAGUACAGCUUGCUUGCAAACCAAUGUGAAACAUAAGUCAGGUCUUAUUGGAGACAUUUGUACACUGAAUAAUAGAUUAAAUCAGUUCAUUCAAAUCUCUACAUGGCAUACUUUACCAUUGAAACCCACCAGCCAAACUCUAUAAAAUGACAUUUAAAAAUCCUUGUCCAAUAAUCUUGAAUGACUGGAAAGGUAAUUGAAAAUGCAUGCAAAUUAAUUAGUCUAAAAGUGCGGGAACCCUACAAAUGCCAGUGAAGUCAGAGGUUGCUUUACAUGCUGUUAGA